AGAUGAAAGUAUUAUGAAGUUUGAAAAAUGAAGAACAUACUCUCAAUUAAAUGUGUUGAUGAACAGAAUCACUGUAUCAACUGAAUUUUUCUCUGCUCCUCACAUUCCUAGAAACUUACAAGCGAAGUCACAUCCUCUUUCUCUUUGGUUUUCUCCGAUUUCAAUCCAAAUCCAUUGGAGCUUCAUUCUCCAGCUCCUCUGCAGAUUUCUCUUCUUUUCUUCUCUUCUCUUUUCGCCCCGAUCCUUCAAGAUCUUCUGCGAUUUCAGAAAUGAGCUUUUUGAGGCCCUUUCUGUUGUAUUCUUCGCUACGAUGGAUGAAUUGUCAGAGUUGGGGUUUUCCCAGAUUGCCUGGAUUUGACGGUUUGCUCAGAUUUCUUGUGGUUUUGAUCUUGUGGUCUAUGCUUUUGGAGAUUCAUUCCAUUCCAUCGUCUUCAAUGUAUCCAACUCUUCGUGUCGGCGAUCGAAUUCUUGUCGAGAAGGCCUCUUAUUACAUCAGAAAUCCUUCUAUAGAUGACAUUAUAACCUUCCGAGACCCGACACAGCAAUCUGGACGCAGAGAAGAGAACAUCGUUGUAAAGAGAGUUGUUGCAAAAGCCGGUGACACGGUUGAGGUUUGUCAGGGAUGCCUUUAUGUCAAUGGGAUUGCUCAGGAUGAAAGCUUCUUAGCGGAGCGGCCAACGUACACCACAAAGUCGACUCAAAUUCCUGAAGGCCAUGUUUACGUGUUGGGCGACAACCGCAACAACAGCUAUGACUCCCAUAUUUGGGGACCUCUGCCCAUCAAAAACAUCCUUGGGAGAUACCUCUGUUCUUGCCACAAACCAACAAGUUGAAAUGAGCUUAGGUAACAUUAUUCUGCCUGUAUGUGACAAUUUGUUUUAGUUCCACAUCCUCAUCUAGGACUAGGAUUGUUAUUCAUUAUUAUAUAUGGUUCAUAAACUUGUGUAUUAGCUAUGGUGGAGGUCGAGUUAUUUUAUUAGUUAUCUUUAACAACCAUGCCAUUUGUUUGUU